AGAUAGUUCUUCUCUUCAUGUAAAACAAACUCCAUACUUAUCACCUCUCGUAACCUAUUAGUCUAGGAUUUGCUACUAACAAAAAGAUAAACAUCAUCAUCCCUAAAUUUACGCUAGUAAUCGUAACCGUAUUCUGAACAGCCUUAUCAUCCUCCUUCCAUAUAAAUAAUAGUACAAAACCCUAAUACAACAUUUUUUUCAAAACCCUCGUACACUCACAAAACACCACCAGGAGCCGUGCAUAAGAAACCGCAGGAAAACCUCGAGCGCCGAAUCGAAGUGGAUUUCUACCUACUUUCGGUUACACCGAAACACCAUUAAACAUCACCGGAUUCUACCGUAAGGACUACCGUCUUCAAGCCCUCGCCUUCCUCUUUACACCCGGUCUGUUAGCACUAGGAGCCGAGCUUGAACAAAGAGUGCGUAGAGCGUGAGGAUACGUACUAGUGUUUACGUGUGCUGUUGGUGAUACUAAGCUUGUUAAGAUGGAGGACCACCCAAUGUACCCCUACAACCUAAGGAUGGGACAACAUGAGGACAUACCUCCCUAUGUAGAAAGAGUAAAAGAAUGUUGUGAAGAAUGGGGAGAUCUCCUAGGAGACCUGAACAACUAUGACACACACGCUAGAAUAAUAGACAUCCUACUCAAAACCAUACCACGUUAUGAGCCUUGGAUCCCAAUUAUGGAAAUGUAUGAUGAUGUUCUCACAGAAGAAGGGGAGAUUCACCCAACCAAAUACAGAUAUGAGGGUCAAUGGUUCCUUACCAUUGAGUAUGUCUCGACGAGGUUGAUGGAGGCUUGGUCAAAGUGGGAACCUGAAGAUGAGAUGGGGGAAGUAAUCGAUGCGGAACCACCCGCGUUAGAGAAUGAAGGAAUAGGAGGUGAGAGAGAUGAAGUGGAAGAUGAUAUGCGAGUGGACCUCCAAAUAGAAGAAGACCCUGAAGAAGACCCUGAAGAAGAAGACCCCGAGGAAGAAGACCCCGAAGAAGAGUUUGACGAGUGAGAUUUUGAAAAGAGUUAGUAGUGGGGCUAUAUGGCCCCUCAUGGAAUAGAAGUAGUCGUAGGAAUGGUUUAUUUUGACCAAGGGUAUAUUUUCAUUU